AAUAAAGUUGCAGGGUUUGGUCAUCUCUCUACACAGAAGAAAGGAGGAGAGAGAGAAGAGAGAUGGUGUGGUUUCAGUGUGAGGACUGCGGAGAGAACCUGAAAAAGCCAAAAUUGCCCAACCACUUCAGGAUCUGUUCCGCAAACAAGUUGUCCUGCAUUGAUUGUGGAGAAACAUUUGGGCAGCAAAGUGUUCAGGGCCACACGCAGUGUAUUACUGAAGCGGAAAAAUAUGGCCCCAAGGGACAAGGGAAAGCUUUGAAUGGUACCCCAGCAAAGGCCAAAAGUGAUUCAAAGCAAAGGCCUGAAGUUGAUAUAACUGUUGGGUUAUCUGAACGUCCUCCAUGGUUUUGUAGUCUUUGCAAUACAAAGGCUACUAGUAAGCAAGCACUACUACUCCAUGCUGAUGGGAAGAAGCACCGAGCAAAAGCGCGAGCCUUUCAUGCUGCUAAUGAACCUAAGCAGAAAGAAGAAUCCACUCAAAAUGGGAAUGUUUCAACAGAAAACAUUUCAAAGGAUGAAUCAAUUGGCGAUAAAAACGUCGAGGAGGCAAAGAUGCAAGAUCCACCUCAAAUGGCCACUGUGCAUGACAGCUUAGAGACUGAAAAUGAAAAUUUGGCAUCAAAGAAGAAAAGAAAACUUGAUGCAUCUGAUAACAAUGGUGAUAGGAAAAAGGUUGGAGGUGAUGCUUCAGGUGAAUUAGGCAAUGGUGAAGUGAUUCAGGUUGAAAGGGCAGAAGCAGAGGAAACAGUACUACAGGUGAAGAAAGCGAAGCACGAUGUAUCCAAAGGACCAAGCUCUAUGAAAGAAGAUACCAAAAAGAAAAUAAAGUGGAAGAAGUUGAUCACUUCAGCCUUGAAAUCCAAUCCAGAUGGGGUUCUUAAGAUGAGGAAAUUGCGAAAACUUGUUAUAAAGGCACUUGAGGAAUCUGGCAUUACAGAUGAUGAAACCCAACUAAGUGAGAAGCUUGAGCACAAGAUUAAUUCAAGCUCCAGAUUCACAGUUGAUAACAAGUAUGUCCGUCUGGCGGCCAAAGAUUGAGAGUUCUGGAUACUAGCAUCUGUUAUCGCACUCGUUCUCCUUAGCAGGCAUUCAUUUAUGGCCCUCUUUUUGAUCAAAUUUCAAUUUUGGGUAUCUUUAUUUUGUAUUCAGCAUUGAGAAUUGGGAGUUUUUGGAGCCUCCCCUGUGAUUUUGUACUGCAAGAAAAUUCUUGGAACAUUACUAGACCUUAUACUAUGAGGAAAUGAAACUCUUUGAUGUGAUUUUAUGGCCAAA